AAUAAAGCGUAAUCAAUUCUCAAACUGUUACAUUCACACAUAAAUAUCAGGACAUAGCUACUUGAUCCAACCAAAAAUGCCAAUUUUUAUCUUAUUGAUUGACAAACUUUUAUGUAAUUCCACUAAUCAAAUCAAGUAUAAUUGAUCAUCUGUCUGAUAAGUUUCAUGCUAAAAAUAACUGACGAAAUUAAUUUUAUAUUUAAGUAUUUGGGACAAGUUCCAAGUUCGGGCAUUCCAUCUUUCCAUCCACUUGCAUAGUUCCAGUAAUUAUGAAGGCUGUCGGGAUUUUUCUGGUAUCGCUGGCUUCCAUAGCGGCCAGCACUUUCAACGAUCGAGCAAAGUAUGAGAGAAUAGUGGGUGGUGAAGUCGUCGUGCAUGGAACAGUUCCAUACAUUGUCAGUCUUCGAUGGAGGGACUCCCAUUUCUGCGGUGGGAGCAUCUUGAACGGCAACACAAUCCUGACUGCGGCUCAUUGUCUGUACGGAUAUGAAAACGAUCCCUACGUCGUUGUCGCGGGGGAGUGGUCCCUCAGUGGAAACGAUACGACCGAACAAUUUAGAAAUGUUACGGCUCUUCGGUUACAUGCUGGAUAUAAUGACCGUACAUUUGUGAAUGAUAUUGCCCUCAUGUGGGUGGACCCUCCUUUCCAAUUCAACAAUUACGUUCAAACUGUCAACCUCCCACCUGCAAUGCAUAACGCAACUGGAGAUGCUCCCGUGUCUGGCUGGGGAGUUGAGGCAGAGGGAGCAUCCGAACUUUCCGAUAAGCUUAAAAUGACAACGAUUCACAUUAUUGACGAUGCCACGUGUAGAUCCGAAUUAGGUGGAAAUCCCAAUCAAGUCGCUGAUUCCAUGAUUUGCGCCUAUUAUAGACCCUCCGGUGGGAACGAUUCUUGUCAGGGUGACAGUGGAGGCCCAUUAAUGGCACUCGAUUUGGCUCAGCCAUAUCAGUCUGGCAUCGUUUCUUGGGGUUACGGAUGUGCUCGGCCCAACAUGCCCGGAAUGUAUACAGAAGUUUCGCAUUUUAUCAAUUGGAUUAGUGCAAAUAUCGGGGGUUACUAGUUAACACAUUUACUGCAAUAAUUAUGGUCCUUCUCACCAUACAGAUUUUGAAACCUUGAUAAGCUAAAAUUCACUGUCAUUCAUGAUGACAAAGUUCAUGAUCGUGUUUGUAAAUUAAAUGAAAAAUAUUGAUUUAUUUAUAACAAAAGUUACAUCAGUGAUCAUGGGUGAUGUCACUAUGUAAAUUGUGUUGUCGUUUAAAAUUAACAAUACAAUGGCAAGAUAACAAAUCCAGUUUUUCCAUUCGAAGAUUUUAAUUAGCAGAUAAUAUAUUCGUGUGACAGGAGUUAUUCAGAGAUAAUUCACCUUUGCAUAUUAAUUUACGUAUGUAUUUAAUAAAGGAACUAAUGCAAUUAAAAAGAUCAA